AUUAAUUAUUGUCUGUGAUACAUUGUAUGGCAUUGCAUGAUCGCAUUAAUGUUUUUGUAAAAUAAAAAUAAUUUACAAUUUCUAUUUUCUGAAUGAAACUUUAAAUAUUACGUUGUGUGUCGUUAAAUAUAUUCAAUAUCCAAUUAUUCAUUAAUACAUCGAAGGACUAAAACUCUUUUACGCUGUGAUAAUUGAAACUGCAUCACUAUAAACAUCGUGAUGACCAUGUGACUUGAAUGCCGUCAUGGAAGAAGAAAGCACGAACAAAACCGUCGAAGUCAGUACUUCACCCGAAGUUAAUGAGGUACAAAAAACGCAGUGUGAUGCGGUGAACGAAAAUAGUGAGAAGUCUAUUGCGACGAUCAAAGAAGAGAGUGACAAUGGGACGUUUCAAGACUGUAAAAGUGAAAGUGUAGAUUUUAAGGAGACGUUCGUAGAGAACGGCUCGUGUGAGGCGAUCGAUGACGCGCGGUCUAUCGGUGAUCUAGACAGCUUGCCGGCGGGGGAUGAGUUGGCGCUCGGCGCGGCGGGCAGCGACAGCGGGGUCGAAGGCUGCGGGCGCGCGCUCAGCAGCGGCGGCGGCUCCCGCUCCUGCGCCUCCAGCGUGGUCUCCUGCGGCUCGGGCUGCGGCUCCGAGAGCUCCUCCCUCGCCGGGGCGCCUCCGCGACCUCGCCGCCGAGUCAACGUCACCGUAGCGGAACCGAAGAGGAGCUCCCCGGUCGGAACCUCACCGCGACCGGUCACAGCCCCCCGCGGACCCAACCUAGCGACCCGCGAACGCGCGAGAAGCAGAGAAAAACCCACGCCGCCGGAAAAACCCCGCCCUCUGACACCAAAGCCCCGCAUACGACCGACGACCGAUCUCCCCAAUCUAGUCCGCGAGAGUCCGGCGUUGCGUGCCAAGCCCACAAAAACUUCGACGGCCAGAUGUAGAACGCCUAAUUCGCCGGUGGAUGAGAAAAAAUGGCCCACUAACGGCCAGCGGCUGUCGACUGCCACUGACGCGACCGCGACCCGAGUGGCGGCCGAUAAAUACGGCACGUUGCCACGGAGACGGCGAGAUGUCGACCCGGAGUCUUCCCCGAAACACGACAGUACGCCACCCACGUCGAGGAGACCUACCGUGUCGAGAUCCGCGUCGUCGAGGUCGGCAACCAAAACCCGCGUAAGGAUAUACGCCGAGAAAAUUUCUCAGACUGUCAUGGUCGGGACAGACAUCGAAGCGGCUCUAGCGGGAAUCGUGCCAAAUAUAGAAAGUCGCAUAGACGUGACGCGGUGUCACCGCGGCGUGCAGGCGAGCGCGCGAGACGCGGAGCUGGCGCGGCUCGUGGCGGCGGCGGCGCUGGCGGAGGCGGCGGCGGCGGAGGAGCGCGAGCGCCGGCUGCAUGUGGAGGCGCAGCUGGCGGCCGAGCGCGCCGCCAGGCUCGCCGCCAUCGCGGAGCUGGAGAGGAACUCGCAGCGGCUGUUGGAGCUCGCUGGGGCUGGCGCUGGCGCCAACGCUGACGGCUGCCUGCGCGCGCUGGAGGAGCAGCUGCGUGCGGCCGGUGAGCUGGCGACGCGGCAGCGCGCAGACAUCGACGCGCUGAGGGACCACUGCGAUAAACUGCAUGCGGAGGCAUGCCACGCGCGCGAGUCGUCGCGCGUGCUGCAGGCGCGACUGAGCGAGGCGGAGCGCGAGGCGGCCGAGAUGCAGGACUUCCUGGCGGCGGAGACGGGCGCGCUCAGCGACUCGCUGCGCGACGCGGAGGCCGACAUCGCGCGACUCACCACCGAACUGGAGCGCAGACGCAGCGAGUGCCGGCAGCUGGUGCGUAUGUGCGAGCAGCGGCGGCAGGAGGCGCUGGCGGCGGGGGCGCGCGCGCGGGGCGGGGCGGGCGCGGCGGCGGCGCUCGACACGCUGGCGCGGCGUCUGCGCGCGCUCACGGAUGCCGUGCGCGCCGCUUACUCACUGCCGCCGCACGCGAUGCAUCCUACCGUGUACCACAACGAGGCCUACUGCAGUCGCAGUGACAGUUGUGAGACUCUAUCUCCAGAGGAAGACAACCGCGGCGGACUUUUGGGAGCGGUAGCGCGCGCGCUGCGCUCUGCGGCAGCCGCGGCGCCCCUCGCCCACAACGCGCACAACACGCACAACGCCCACGAUGGCCAGAACGCUCACUACGCCCACGAUGACGAGCGCUCGCGUGUGUCCGACGACAAUGAUAACUCCGCCGAUCUGCUCGAUUCAGAGACCGAGCCCUGCUUAGUAACAGAUCCAGAAUGUGCGGAGGAAUGGUGGUCGGGUGCGGAGGGCGCGGGCGCGUGGAGCGGUGAGGAGUUGUCACCAGAGAGGGAGUCGUGCGGAGAUGGCGAGAAAGCAGAAGCGGAAGGCGAAGGCUCAGCGGAGUCGCAGUCGAUGUCAGAGAGGGACUCUCUGCGCAACCUGUCCGCCGCCAUCGCCGCGCGCCAACGCUGGGAGGCCGAGGCGGAGGAGGCGGCGCGCGGCGCGCUGCUGGAGCGCGUGCUGGCGUUGGACCUGCGGCUGGCGGACCUGCUGCGGGCGUUGGCUGCCGCCGCGCAGGCCGCCAACAGUCCGGGUUCCAGAGCCCCCGACACGCCCACCGCUGCGUUGGCGCACGCACUCAGAGAUAAAAUUGAAGUGACUGAGAAAAACGUAGCAGACGUGGUUGUGAAGAAACUAGCCGAGCUGGACGCCUGCAAAAACCUCAUGGAGCAAUACCAACACUCUAUAGAAGUGCUAAAAAGUCAACUGGCUCAACGCGGUGAAGAGGACGAAAUAGAUUUAAUUGAACAAGAACUGGAGUGUUGCGACGAAGGCGAGCGCCGGCGCCGCUGCGAGGCAGUGGAGGCAGCCCUGGGCGCGCUGUCGCACGCCCCGCGCCUCUUGCCGCUCCGCCGCCGCCUCGAGCGCCUCGCCCUCGCGCUCGCCGCCCCCCCGCCCGCGCCCUCCCCGCGCGCGCCCGCCGCCCAGCCCGCCGCCUGCACCUAGGGCUGUCACCUAUUGUACACUAAAGGUUACUUACUGUAACCUAGAAUGCCUACUGUUGUCCUAGGAGGAUACCUACAUUGAUCUGUAGGCCCUAGUAUACCUAUUGUAAACUAAAGGUUUACUCACUGUAACCUAGAAUGCGUACUAUGUCCUAGAAAACCUUUUGAAACCUAGGAUACCUACACUGAUACCUUCUAAUACCUACCUUCUGUGACCUGCAUACUUUUUGCAAUCUAUGGCAUUUACUGAGAUUUGAGUUAUCUACUGUAACUUGACGUAACCUAGGAUACUUAUAGUAACCAAAUAUAGCUAUUGUAACUUCGGUUACGUAUUGUAACAUCGGUUACCUAUUGUAACUUAGAAGACCUAUGAUAUAAGAUACUUUACAAUUCGAUAUGUCGAAAGUCUAGCAGACAAUUUUAAAAAUAUUCUUUUAUUAAUCGAAAAGUUACAGUUGUUAAAAAAUAACGAACUACGUACAUUAUUAAAUCAAUUGGAUAAGUAAGAUCAUUUUGAUUUUGUCGUUGUAUGAAGGUACCCGGGCAUUCUUUUGUUCAUGCGAAAAAGCAUACAAUAAUUAUACAUAAUUAUAUUGCAAUCGAUAGAUUACGAAUUAUGUUUGUAAAAUAAAAAUUAAACACGCAAAACCUAUAAAAUCGACUUUUGGUUCCUAAGUAAUUAGGCGAAACUAAUAAAUAUAUUUAAACGAAAUAUAUUCGUUUGAAGUUGGAACAGAAGAAACUAGUCCGUAAUUAUUUUUUAUUAUUUACUACAUAGUAGCUUUUUUUAAACUUCUUUUUGAUAUAUUAUUUAAAUGACUGUGUUAGUAAAUUGAUAAGGUACAAGGAUCCAAAAUGAUAAAGAUUAUAAUUAUAUGCCCAUAAGUUUUUAAUAGGUCAGAAAGUUGUUGAAAAUGGGCACAAUGAAGGAAAAGAAAAACACACUAUGCGGUUAUUUUUAUGCUGAUUUUGCAUUGCUAUACUAUAUAAAGGAUUUCCAAUAUAACUCAAAUCCUCGGUUUUCUUUUUAUUUAAUAAGUUUGCGCUUGGCUGUGAUCUCACCUGACGUUAAGUGACGAUCCACAAUACAGCGUAAAAGUAGUCUAAAUUGCAUUGCAUGUAUGUAGAAUACUUCUUUUCUAAGUAAUACAAGUUUUAGAAAUGAUCAUUCGAGCUUGUAAUGUCAUUAAAUAAGUAUUAAAAAUGUUAAUAAUUAAGACAUUCAAAAAGAAAAAAAAAAUGGUAAUAUGUCUAUAAAGUACAAAUGGUACAUUAAUUUUUCUACAAAAAAUCUACUCUAAAUACUUUGGUGUUGUACUUUGUACACAAAUAAUAAAAUUAUAAUUGAUUAAAUGCGCGUGAAUUUACGAUCGUAAUUUACAAUGGACGAGGAAUAUAUCAAAUACGUAGCUAUUUUUCGGUAUAAAUCGAUUAAGGGUCAUAACUCAUUAGAUCCACGUGCCACCCAUCAACGCCACAUCGCCUCGUUCGGUUACGCCUAAGAAAACGCUCAAUACGUUAACUCCAUAACGUCACCGGAUCGCUUUAUGCUAUUUUAGCUUUCAAGGUUGUCGAGGCGGUGCCGGGCAAUAAAAAUAAGCAAUUGUGCUAACUUCCAUCUUAUUUUCAAAGUAAAAUUAUAGUUUUGUUAAAUCUAAGGACAUACUUAUUAUCACGAAUAGUUAGAAUUUGAUAGCAUAUUUAAAUGCUGCUGAAGUUAAUUCCAAUUACCAUUAUUAGAUAAUUCAUAAAUAUUAUUAUCGAAAGUACCUAAAAGGGUACAUAAUUUUACAACUUUUAUUUCAGACUUGUUAUAAAGUCAAAUUUUAGUGAUAGGUGUCGGUCGUGUAUUGGCAAAGACGUACUAAGAAAAUUAAGUUUAGAAAACAUUUCUACGUACUAACCACGCACUUUAUGUAAUAAUUUUUAAAAAAUUAAAUUUGGAUGAACCCCGAUAUUGAUUUCCUGUUGAAUCGGGUCAUCAUUUGUAAUGGUGUGUGAUCAUCAUGAACGUCAAGAGCAUGAAUUAGUUGAAUUUACUCAAAUAAGACCAAAAUAUCAAAUAUUGAAUGAUAUGAUUUAAUAUGUAGCAGUAGCAUGUCACCAGUAUUUUGUAAAAUCUAAAAUAAAAACCAUCUCUUAAUCCCUUCAAUCCUGUACAUCUCAAUUAUAAUUACUAAUACUACAUACUUGAAUAAUAAGUAUAAAUUAUUAUAUUUAUACACUAAUGUAGCAAUUUAUCAUCACGCGUAUUAAGACACCUCGCUUAAAUCUAUACGAAUUUUCAAGAAUUUAAAUGUUUCGAAACGAAAAUCUAUUUAUGUUAUCUCUUGAAGUUAUUCCGUAGCUUUAAGGUCAUAGCUCAUCAGAGCCAUCUGGCACCGGCUCGCCUUGUAUAGUUAGUGUUCUAUAUAAUAUUAAGGAAUUCUAUAAGCACUUGACACGAGACGAGGCGGUACGGGGCGGUACGAGUUAGAUGCCGAAUGUCUUUAAUGAGCUAUGAUCUUUAGACGGAAAAUUUCCUAAAAUAAAAUAAAAUAUCAGUAUCCAUUAAAUUGGAUAAAGAAAGAAAAGGAAAUAUUUUUAAAAAUAAAAAGUAUCUAAAGAAAUUCCGCCGCUAAAUAACGCAAUCCAUGCCAUUAGAUAACUGUGCGUACAUAUUGGCGAAUAUACUAGCGUUGAAUUAUAUCUGAAAAAUAACAAAAGCCUCGUUUUAACCAGCCUACCUCGUUACCCAGUAAUUUCAUCAUUAUCAACCCAUAUUCGGCUCACUACUGAGCUCGAGUCUCCUCUCAGAAUGAGGAGGGUUAGGCCAAUAGUCAACCACGAUGGCCCAAUGCGAAUUAGCAGAAUUCACAUACGCAGAGAAUUUUCAGAGAAUUUAGAAAAUUCUCUGGUAUGCAGGUUUCCUCACCAUUUGAGACACGUGAUAUUUAAUUUCUUAAAAUGCACUUUUAAUAAAUUUAAAGAAAAAAACUGAAAAGUUGGAGGUGCAUGCACCGGACCAGAUUCGAAACCACACCCUCCGGAAUCGGAAGCAGAGGUCAUAUCCACUGGGCUAUCGGCUCAUACCCAGUAAUUUAACAGGGUUCUACUUGUCUCCAUUUUGAAUGUGAAUUACUCACCGAUACUUUUUUACUGGCAACACUAUUCAAUGCAAUCUAAAUUCGCCAAUGCGUGCGCAGUCUAUCAUCCGUCCCACAGUGUCAGCGCUUUUUAUAAGACAAAUAAUUUUAUUUAGAAAAAAAAACGUCUAUUAGAUACAUUGUACGUAAAUUUUAAAAGAAAUUCUUACGAUUAGAUAGAAGAAAAUGGUUUAUAGUAAAUAAGGGUUCCGAUUUUGUAUGUACGUACGUACGUUCGGAACCCUAAAAUGGAGGGAAACGUGUUCAUUGUAUGCGUGUAGUUUUUAAAUAGAUUGAUACGAGAUUGCAUGAAAUCGCUUACCCAUUUACGAGUCAAUACUUCUAGAUAUAGAAGGAUACCUGACCAACGCACAGACGACAGAAGCUAGCAAACUGUAAUGUAGGUAUGUAGGAGUUUCUAUUUGUGACAGAGAAUCACUGCGAAAUUUCAACUUUCAAACGGAUGAAAAGACACUAAAUAAAUGUUUCGUUUCUAACUUAAAAAACGUUUAAAAAGUCAAAGUUUUUAAAAAUUUAAUAGAUUUAUUUAAUCCCGAUAAAAACAUAUGUAAGAAUUCAGUAAAAUGGAACGUAAAUGGGUAAAUAUUCUAGCAUGUGCAGCGUAUAGUUGGAAUUAGAUUUGAAUGGUAUAAAUAAAGUAAGGAAAUAUAAUAUACAUAGGGUGACUUUAUCAAGUGUGCCAGUUAUUGUAUAGCUUAUCUUAACAACAUGUCUUUGCUGACAACUAUAAUGUGGUUGUUAAAAUCGUUCGCUAAACUCCAUUUACUUUAUUGUUGCAUUUAAUUGUAUUUUUAUAUGUAUAUUUUACUUUUGAAUUUAUACAUACUUGAGAAAUUCACCCUAUUCAGACUUAAUGACAAGUUGUUAUUGUGAAAAGGGCUUAUAUGCUAAUUUCGAUUGCAUAGACGAUAAUAAUUAUUUUCGUUUAUACUUUAUUACAAAUCAAUUAAAUUAUAAUAUGCUAUUAUAGUAAAUCAAAAAAAAAUUGAUUUAUUAGCAUCAUUAUUAUGAUCUCAAGUGCGAAUAUUGAAAUCACUUUUUUAUAAAAUUAUCAUUAUAAAAUUAAUUGUUUAUUUUUAAUAUUGUUUGGAGUUUCAGAGAUUAUUCUUCAUUCCGAACGGCAUUUAUUUCUUUAUAUAAACUUUGAAUUGAAUGUUUUUGUUCCUAUGUGUAAUGUACCGGUAUUUCAUGACAACAGAAGACGUAUGAUAGAGUAGAGCAUAAGGCGCCCUACACACGUAGACACUUUCUGUAAUAUAUAUGUAAACAUUUUUUGCUUUGUAUUCAUUAUACAUUUUUAAAUUUAAAUUGGGACGAAAUAGAGAAUUUAGUGUUUUUUAAAGUACGUUUUUAUCUUCCUAUACAGUAAAAUUUCUUCAAGACUGAUUUGAUUGACGUAAGACAGUUGUUAUAUUAUAGUAACUUUUCCAUCUAAACAAUUUCAGUGAUAAUAUUUUUUUAUCUUUACUUUCUGUAGUGUAGUACUAAAAUAUAUUUUUUUCUACUGAAAUGAUAAUUUAAAUUACGCAUUUUCUCUUUUAGUUUUUUUUUUAUAAAAUAAGAAAAAUAAGUUUUUUAUUAUUUAUCUUUAUUUACAUUGCUAUGCUGUUAUAGGUCUUACUCAUCAAUAGAACAUAUUAAUCAAUAUUGGCAACAAAGUGUCUACGUGUGUGUCGCGCCUUAUUGUAAAUAUUUUUGCUAUAUUGUGUGCAGUAUUAGAUGUUAUAAUUAUGUUUUUACUACUUAUUUACCGUCUACUUAUUCUCUUGUUGUAUAUUUUUUAUGUGAUUUUCUUUAACAUAGUGAUUAUAAUCGUUCAUAGAAGUCAUACAAAUAAGCAAAUAAUUUUAGUGUGCACUUUUUCUAUUAAAAUUGUUUGAGUUUUAGUAAUGUCUUUCUCAUUGUACAACUAAUUUUAUUUUCUUAUGUUAUAUGACCGAUUUCAUAAUGUAACAAAAACAGUGAAAAGUGUAACAACUUCUAAUUAAUUAAAACGCUGAAAGUGUAAAGAGAAUUUAUAAACUAUCACAAUUUCGAGAUUUGUGUGCCAUUAGUAAAAUAUUUGAUUGAUUUAGUAAUUAUAUUGAUUAAGUAUCAAAAAAUGCUUGCGAAAUAAUUAAGAAUCAUAAAAUAUGUAAAUAAAAAAAUCAGAUUUAAACAAGUUUCUUGUUAUAAUCUAGUCAUAAAAAAAUGUGUGAAGUGAUAAUUCAGUUAAAUGUGUAAAUCAUGUUUUAAAGUUCAAUUAAAGUCCCAAAAAUGUUUUUUGUUGGAUUUAGUUUCAUUUGCCAGACAAAGAUUUUUAUUAAUAAUUUACUUGUAUUUGUUUAAUUACUAAACAUACAAAAUAUUAUAAAAUUGUUAUCGACUAACUUAUAUUAUAAAGUUAUCGUGUAUUCGAUUGAUAAUGAAAAUCAUGUCCUUUAAAACUAUAAUUUUUAUAUAAAAAAUAUCGAACUCUUACGUGUGUUGCCACUGUUAAUUUAUUUUAAAUUAUGGCAACACCGCUACCGCCAUAUUAUUUUUUGUUAUUCGUCAAUUUUCGCAACUUAAUUUCUGUGUAGUUUAUUUAAACUAUUGAACAAGAAUUGUAAGAUUUGAAUUAAAAACGUAACAGAUGAUAGAACGAACGAGACUGAUGUUGUAUUUAUGUUGAAACCAUGCAAGUAUAUUUUACAUAAAAUAUUAAUCAUGCCGUGAAACGGAACCCAAGAGGUAAAUUGAGUGACUAGUUCUUGUUUGACGAUAUAAGACCAUGAUUAAAGUCCCAAAUAAUAUCCCAUAAUAAUCCCGAAGCCUUAUGACCUAUACUAAAGCCAUACUCGUUGUGAACUGUUUACCAACAACCAAAUUAGAAAUAAAGGUAGAAAACGCAUGUCAUUUCAUAACUUGUUUAUUUUAAAUGUUGUAUUGUUUUUUCAUAAACGGUUAUUCCAAAUAUAUUCACUUGUUGUUCUAAACAUUAUUAAUCUUUAUUUUCAUUAAUUUAAAAUCAAGUUACUUAUAAUUAUUAUUAGGUUUAUGUGACUGCUUUAUACCCUCAUUUUUAUUUUGUUUGUUGGUAAACAGUGCGAAUGGUGUAUGGCUUUAUUAUAGUGUAUGUAUAAAAAAUAUUUAUACCAAGUUUUUCAACACAUUAACAUGUGUCUGUGUGUGUAUAUAAUAAAGGAACGUCCUUGUUAAUGUCUGUUGGGCUUAAUAAACUAGGUCCCUAAUCAUGAGUCAGUAAUUUUAUAUAUAAAAGAAUACCUUCAAUUUAUACGGUUACCAAUUUAUUUUUUGGGCUCCUCUAAUACUUAUUAAGAAAGCAAAUUUAUUUUUUAUCUGUACAAUAAAUCAUGCUUCGUCCAUCCAUGUUGCUUGCUUUAGGUGCUACAACACUAUUGUAUUGUACAAUGUUGUAUCUGUAGUAACUUUCGUGUGUUAUUAAUUAAUAUACACGAUAAGGAAUUGUCACAUUGUGUUGUAUAUAAUGUGUAAAUAGAAAGUUUACGGUAAA